GUCGAAAUUUCGGAGGCUGCUGUAGUCACUGUUGGACCGAGGUCACAAAAAACCCUGAAGCUGCAACUUCGGUGACUACAUCUGAAUGCCUUCCUUUUCCGACGUGGCUGACCCCCGCGGUCUGAAUACUUCCAAUUCUGGCCGUGCUGGAAGUGUUCCAAAGCUACACAGCUUUUCUGGGAGCAGGCAUGCCUUGCCAGCUCAUUUAGAUGCAACCACCUACGCUGCGAAGUCAGCACCUUGCGUAUUGCCUUUGUCAAACUUUUCGGCACCGUCGACCACUCCUGGCUCUGCCAGCAGACUCCACAGUCCUGGGCAGGCAGUUCACGCUCUAUGUGCUGCCUGCCGCUCGGAGGCCUGCAAGGCGACCUUCAAAUGCGCUCGCUGCGGGGUGCUGUACUGCAGCGCCCGGUGCCAGCGCAAGGACUGGCAAGCGGGGCACGGCGACAUUUGUGGCGUUGAUGCUUCGAUGUCCGCUCCGAGUGGGAGGUCUGACUCACCUGUCCAAGAUCACAGACUGGAGGGAGGAUCACCAAAAGGUCUUCAGAACGAGCUUCUUGGGUCCAUCAUGUGCGUCACGCACCCAUGUUUGUGGACUCACGUUUGCCUUGUGCUGUCAAGGCAAGCUUUCGUGCGGCCAUUUAGCAUCCUCAUCGAAGUCUUGGAGCUUUCCUCUGAUCUGGGGCUUGGAAAGUGGUGGUACCUCAUCUCGGAGGACGGACAUUUGGCUGAGCGCCGGGAAGAUCCACUUUAUCGAGGAGAGAAAGUGGCUCAAUGUGACGUCAUUUUCCUCACUCCACCCGUUUCGUGGUCAGAGCGGGUGACCACCAAACGUUUGAACGAGG